CACGCAUUAUGGGAAACGUGCCACUUUGAUGCAGCUCUGCAGCGGUGCCGCUUUCAGCGUUGAUAAUGUGGUUUUGGUUGAGGGGGUUGCACGCUUGGGAUUCACAAGCCGAGGUCUCCAUGACACGUUUGUUUUUCGUGCUCAGAGGAGAGAUUACCGUGGAGACUAAAAGGGGCCGCAGUAUGUGUUUUGGGGGGGCAAAAUGAAAGGUGCUCAGUAGAUAGAAGUGAACGGUCGAUGAAACAGCCUCAGAGAAGAAUGUGUGGUACUGCAUCUCCUUCUCCAAACCGAUAAGUGUGUGUAGGAGAAGCUCCCUGUCCUCUCAGAUGGAAUCUUUUACUUUGAAUAAAAUGACCCCUUACAAUGUCACCGGGUUGACAGUACUCGAGCGUUACGUUUUGUUAGCCUGCAUGUGGUUAUGUGUGAGAUAUGGGGACCGUUUACACGCUGGAUGAGAGGAAAUCGUGGUGUUCAACGCUAUAUUUCUGGGAAUUCAACAACCCAACCAGCUUAAGCUGAUUAACCAUGGAGAACUUUGAAGAAGUUACAUCAUCCCAUAAGAUGGAACAUCAUCUAGUAUGUGAAACAUCAUGCUGUGUUGAAUAAGAGAUUGAGAACAUGAACUCAUGAUUACAGCUUGUAAUAAACCGCCUGACAACCAGAGGAGUCGCCCCCUACAGGCCAUUUGAAAGAAUGCAGGUUUAAGGCCAUCUCCCUCUAUAGAAUGUGGGGUCUCCACCUGGACGUGGAAAUGUAAGAUUGGGACUAAAACUUCUCUGCCUCGAUGUUGAGAUUAAUGGUUCCUGUGAGUCCUCUCGGCUGAAUCUGGAGUAGCAGCCCGUAAAUAAUAGACCUACACCCCCCCCCCCCCCACACACACACAGUGGAAUUGAAGCUCCUCGUUCCAUAAACCUAAGGUCGAUUCUCUGUGAGGGAAAUUAAACCAACCUUUUGGACAUGAGUGUUUGUCAACAUGGGUGCUUUUCAUAGAAUGGAAUGUGUCAUUAAACCAGAGCACAUUUGAAGCAACAUUGAUGAUUAUUUUAUACCAUGUCACGUGUGGAGUGUAUAAUGCAUGAUUGUUUCAUGCAUUCAUCGCAUGCUUAAAAAUAGCACUAGUUUGUCACUGUCUCACAAAGAAACUCUUCCCGAGCGUUCCCAUCGCAAACACACACACACACACACACACACACACACACUGCUCGCGUCAAACGCCGACCCCGAUCUCUCGGCAAAGAUGCACGCGCGCACACGCGCACCACACGCAGUGCCCGCAUACAUGCGAUGCCGUGCACCGUGGCGCCGCUCCGUCACUGCAGGCUGCGGAGCGGAUGCGCGCAGACCGUCUCUCCUUCUCCUCCUCCGGUCCGAGCCGGCGACCACCGGACCCCCGGACCCCCGGACCCCCCGCAGGAGCGACCGAGCGAGGCCGCGUUCUCGUGCCCCAGCGGAGCCACAGCAGCAUGCGGAUGAUGGCGGCGGACAGCGGCACCGAGGAGCGGGAGGAGCCCGCGGCCUCCGACGCCGUCGCGCGCGCGCACUGCGCGCACACCCGCAGCCAGAGCCACGUCCAGUUUCAGCCUCCGACACAGGCCGCCUCCAGCACCACCUCCAACACCGCCACCACCACCACCCAGUGGAAGGCUCCCCGCGCCAUCGCGCACACGAGGAGUCACAGUCACACGCACUUCAGCACUGCCUCGCACACGCCGGCUCAGAAGUACGGCUGCCGCCUCACGCACAGCCUCUCAGCCAUGGCCAGGGGGGGGCACGGGGACAAGGGGGACAAGGGAGCGGAGGGGAAGCCCACCGAACCGCUCUUCCCCAAAACUCUCCCUCCACAGGUAAGAGCCCCCGCUGCAUGUUUACCUUGUUGUUGUUGUUGUUGUUGUUGGACCCGUGCUGCAGGUUGUAAACGUUAUAUUGCUUCGACCUGCCUGCGUCUUGUUUCUUUUCAUCCACCUGAACCGUCACUGUGUCUCUUGCAGUGCUUCCACGUGCCUUAUUCUGCUCUCACCAUGUUCCUGAGCACGGACCAGAAGGAGAGGGACUCGGCCACCGCUUACCGAAUGACGAUGGAGGUGUUCGGGACGCUGGUGGGCGCCGCCAUCCAGGGUCAGAUCGUGGCCAGCGCUCACACCCUGCACUGCCCGCCUCACAACGCGUCGGCCGGUCACCUUGGCAACGGCAGCGGGGCAGAGGUCGUCAGGAAGCUGGUGCGCUCCCAGGACCACCUGUCACACUCGAAGGAGGUGUACAUGAUCGCUGCCGGGGUGAUCGGAGGAGUGUUUCUCGUCUGCACCCUGGUGAUGUUCCUGGGAGUCAAAGAGAGGGACGACCCGUACGCCCCGAGGACGGAGAAGCAGAUCCCGUUCCACCGCGGCUUCAUCCUGGUGAUGAGACACGGGCCGUACCUCACUCUGACCGCGGCCUUCCUCUUCAUCACCGUGGCCAUCCAGCUGGUCCAGAGCAACUUCGUCCUCUUCUGCACUUACGCCGCCGACCUGAGGGAUCACUUCCAGAAUAUUGUGCUGACCAUCCUGGUUUCUGCGGUGAUCAGCAUCCCGGUGUGGCAGUGGUUUCUGCAGAGGUUCGGGAAGAAGACGGCGGCUUUCUGCGGCAUCACAUGGAUCAUGCCCUUCACCUUGAUGCUGGUCUUCAUCCCCAACGUCGUGGUGGCCUACGUGGUGGCCGUCUCCUCCGGACUCAGCGUGGCCGCCUCGCUCCUGUUGCCGUGGUCCAUGCUGCCGGAUGUGGUGGAUGACUUCAGACUGGCCAACCCCUACUGCAAAGGCCACGAGGCCAUCUUCUACUCCUUCUACGUGUUCUUCACCAAGUUCGCAGCGGGCAUCUCCCUGGGAGUGUCCACCCUCUGCCUGGAAUUCGCAGGCUACAACACCGGCGCCUGCAAGCAACCCGCGCCGGUGGUGUACACCCUGAAGCUGCUGAUUGGCGCGGCCCCGGUGGCCUUCAUCGUGACGGGGUUAAUGAUCCUGCUGCUCUACCCCAUCAGCGAAGACGUGCGGCUCAGGAACAGACUCUGCCUGGACGAGCUGCGGAAACAAAGCAUCGGCUCCAGAACGAUGGAAGAUUUGAACAACGCGUGUCCCGGAUCUUGAAUGAAGUGAAUCCUCAAAACGACGUGUUCCAGUGUUCUCCGCUGGAAGGUUGACCAUUAGUGUAUAUUACACUGAUAA